AUGUGUGAUUUUCAUCCCGAUGAUAGGGAUUUAGUGCAGAGAACAUACAUUCAAAGAAAGCCAUGUCAAUCUAAAGAUCAUGCGUUUCCUCAAACACUUUUUGGGCCGAAAAAACGUCGAUUUAAUGUUAAUUGGUUUGAUACUUGGCCAACAUGGCUUGAGUAUAGUGUUGAGAAAGAUUUUGCCUUUUGUUUCAUUUGCUAUCUAUUUAAGGAUGGUAACACAGCGGGAGUGGAUGCUUUUGUUAAUGGAGGUUUCAGACGUUGGAAUAGAAGAGACACAAUUGUAAAGCAUGUUGGUGGACACAAGAGUGCUCACAAUAAUGCUGUGAUUGCUAUGAACUUUUUCAUGAAUCAAAUGAGUAGCAUUGCCACCGCUUUAUCAAAACAAACAGCGGAAACCAUGAGUGUCUAUCGUAAGAGAUUAGAAGCUUCAAUUGAAACCAUUAAAUGGCUAUUGUUCCAAGGGUUGCCUUUUCAUGGUCAUGAUGAAAAGGAAAGUUCAUUGUCUAGAGGUAACUUUCUUUCGUUAUUAACUCUUCUUUCAAACCAUGAUCCUGAGUAUUCCAAAGUUGUUUUUAAAAUGGCCCCUGGUAAUUGUCAACUUACUUCUCCAAGUGUCCAAAAAGAUAUAAUCAAUGCUUGUGCUAAAGAAACAACUAAAGCAAUAUUGGAAGAACUUGAUGGUGGAUUUUUUGCUAUUCUUGCUGAUGAAUCUGCCGAUGUUUUCGAUAAGGAACAAAUGGCACUUUGUUUGAGAUUUGUUAAUAAAAAGGGGGAAGUGUGUGAGCGUUUUCUUGGUAUUGUGCAUGUUCCUGAUACUAGUUCUUUGACUCUCAAAGCUGCUAUUGAGUCAUUACUCAUGGAACACUCUUUAACUUUCUCUCAAGUUCGAGGUCAAGGUUAUGAUGGGGCAAGUAAUAUGCAAGGUUCAAUCAAUGGCCUUAAAACUCUAAUUUUGAAUGAAUGUUCUCAAGCAUACUUUGUUCAUUCCUUUGCUCAUCAACUUCAAUUGACACAAGUUGCACUUGCUAAGAAAAACUCAGAUUGUGGUUGGCUUUUUGUUGAUGUACUUGCACCUCUCUUGAACUUUGUGGGAGGUUCACCUAAGAGGAAAGAAUUUCUUCGAGAAAAACAACGUCAAGGGGUUGUAGAAGCAUUAUCUUUGGGUGAAAUUGAAUCGGGAACUGGUUUGAAUCAAGAACGUGGCUUAUGUAGACCUUGUGAUACUCGUUGGGGAUCUCACUUUAAAACCAUUUUGAAUGUGCUUGAUUUAUAUCCUUCAAUAGUUUUGUCACUUGAUUCCAUUGCAGAAGUAUCUGAUACACUUGAUUCGAAUAAAGCACAAUCUAUUACACACUUGUUGAUGUCAUUUGAUUUUGUGUUUGUGGCACACUUGAUGGUUGAUAUAUUUGGAAUUACAAAUGCGUUGAAUGUGGCAUUGCAAAAACAUGAUCAAGAUAUUGUAAAUGCAAUGGUCAUGGUUGAUGUAACCAAGACUAAUUUGUAA